AUGAUCCUCGGAAAUGGUGUUCCUGAUGCCCCAGCCCCUCCACCACCCCUCGACUCAAGGCCUGUGCUAGAUCCUAGGGAUUUCCAGAAUAAAUGGAGCCAACUAGCAUUAUCUGUUUCUCAGGAAUGCUCUUUAACUCCACAAGGGGCAGCUUCUUUGAUGAAUCCCCAAUCGCUCAUUCGUCAUAUGCAAAGCAACUACAUUCAAUGCGUUGCUUCAGGCAGUCAGCCUCCAAACUGCAAGUUCUUCUUUUAUGGUCAGAAACCCGGGGCUGCUGAUUUCUACCUUGUAGAGUGCACUGUGAACACAGCAUCACCGAAGGCCAAGCUCAAAAUUAAGGCCGACGAUGGGGCUACCGCUGAGGCCUUUUGUACUUUAUUUCAGUCAGUAUUGUCUGAAUUUGGGCUUUCUUGAUCAUGAGAGACUAAUUUUCUUCAAGGUUAUGGUGGUUUAGAUGGUGUGUAACCUUGUUGCUGGAGUGGACAUGAAUAUCAUCUCCGUUGAUGUGGAGAGAAUAGAUGUAAAUCUGUAGUAAUUUAUUUGCGGGGAGCAAUAAAGCAAGAGUAUAGUCGACUUGUUCA